AGCUGCAUCAUCACUAUUCCUGCUCGUUUUUCAUCCUAGCUUAGCCUCUUUCUAAUUGAAUUACGAGGUAAUUUUGAUGCUUUGGGAAUUAGUAGGGUGUUGGGCAUGGAACUAAAGCGAGUAUAAAAGAAGGGUGCGUGGGGGUUCGUAUGGGUGGUACACGGAUCACGCUUCUGUUGGGAGGUUUAGAAGGUGUGGAGCGAAACGAUAGCACAAUACGUGGAUAGAUAGCAAUUUGUUACAACUGCUUUGUUGAAUUUGGCUGAAAGAGCAGUCUGCGCCUCUUCCUGGAGCAUUCCUAUAUACUCGGUUCAGCUUGUAAGAAUCGUCUAAUGAUGCCAAUGUCUGAAGGUUUGGGGCUGAUAAAGGUUCUAUAAGAAGGUGAUGACCAUGACGAGCAAUCAAGUGCGGAACAAGCAGAUCAAGCUCAAGCAUUAUGUCUUGGGAAAAUUGGAAGAAUCGGACUUCCAAAUCUCUUCGAACGAGAUCACCCUGGAAUUGAAUGACAAUAACGAUGUUCUUGUGAAAAAUCUUUACCUAUCUUGCGACCCGUACAUGCGACACCGGAUGAGAGGGGAAACCAAUUCGUAUAUCCCUCCUUACCAAGAAGGACAGGUUUUGGAUGGGUACGGUGUGAGCAAAGUGGUUUUAUCCAACAAUUCAAGCUUCAAAGUGGGGGACUGUGUUUCCUCCUGGACAAGAUGGGAAGAGUAUAGCGUCAUUCCUAGAGGUCAGCGUCUCAAAGUCAUCGAUCCUGCCCUCGCCCCACUUUCUUACCACGCAGGUGCCCUUGGGAUGGCUGGCUUUACAGCUUACGUUGGGUUCUUUGAAGUGUUGAAGCCCAAAAAGGGAGAGACACUCUUCGUAUCUGCAGCAUCGGGAGCAGUGGGUCAACUGGUGGGACAACUCGCCAGAGACGCGGGCUUGUACGUGGUUGGCAGCGCAGGAUCACAGGAAAAGAUUGACUUGCUCACGAACAAGCUCGGAUACAAUGCCGCAUUCAACUAUAAAGAGGAACCGGAUCUCGUUGCUGCUGUAGCAAAGUACUGUCCUCAAGGCGUCGACAAGUACUUCGAGAAUGUGGGGGGCAAGACGUUAGAUGCGGUCCUUGACAACAUGAACAAUUUCGGGCGGGUAGCAGUAUGCGGAUUGAUCUCGCAGUACGAUCAAGGCGGACAGGACGGCGUCUACAAUCUCAAGAGGAUAAUCAACAAACGGGUAACGCUACAAGGGUUUCUGCAGUCGGAUUACCUUCACUUAGAGCCCAAGUUCAUGGACCACAUGUCGAAGCUCAUUAAGGCUGACAAGCUGGUGUACUUCGAAGACUUCGCCGAGGGCUUGGACAACGCUCCCAACGCAUUCUGCAGGAUGAUGAUCGGCUCGAAGAUCGGGAAACAAGUCAUCACUGUAGCCAAGGAUUAGCGAUUCCUCGCUCAAUCCCCGUGCGCCUCGAGAGGAACACACACAGAGCGCAGAGAGGCUCCAGAGAGUUGAGGUCCGUGACCAGCUCCGAGCGAGUGGGCUACAGAAAUGCUACUAAACAAAGCUCCGCGGCUCCGUAUAUAACAAAAUUUUCCUACACUUAUCGUGUGAUUUUUGCCCCGCCUUGGGUCUGGCCCGUCUUUGUAAUUCCCGUCUCCGUGCCGAUUUUUGAAUUUAAAUAUCUAAAUCUGAAUUUUUGAAAUUCGUGUUCUUUGCUUUGAGCCCGCUGGGGCCACAAGUUAACAUGGUUAGUCGUGGAGACAAAAAAAAUUCUCAUGGUAGAACCUCAAUGUGAUUUGCUUUAGGGUAAUAAAAGGUUUAGGGUUUUGAAAAGUAGCACAGUAUUAAAGGUGUGGUAGUAGUAAUAUAUACAUAUAUAGAAGGGAAUGUUGAAUAGACCCAUAUUUUUACAAAAUAGACUCACUUUUGACAGAAUAUGGUAAUCAUGAUGAAUGUGGUUGGUUUUUAUCGGUUGUAUAUCCAAUAGCAGGGAAAUGAAUAUAGAUGUCAUUAUUUUUUUA